AAUCUCGAACUUUCCUUAAUUUCCCUACUAAUACCCCCAUAACUCAUUUCCAAUUUCUCUGUAACUCAAUCGCCACUCUCUCGUCCAAAAGUGGAUUUAUAAUUCUCGUCAAUCUUUUGGCACAAAAAUGAGCAUUGUUGUGGAUGCAAUGAACCAUCUCUUCAAUUUCCCGGAGACCCUUGAGAAAAUAAGUUUCUCUUCUUCUUCUUCUCGCCCACAUCAAAGCGAUGAGAACUCUACCAUUCCAGCGGCAGUGGACAUUCUUGACACUCCCAAGGAAUACAUAUUCUACGUGGAUGUUCCUGGCCUUCCUAAAUCUGAUAUUCAGGUUACAGUAGAAGAUGAGAAUACACUUGUAAUCAAGAGUAAUGGGAAGAGGAAACGCGAAGAUGGGGAAGAAGAAGGGUGUAAGUACAUAAGGCUAGAGAGGAAGACAUCCCAGAAGCUACUGAGAAAAUUUCGACUUCCUGAUAGUUGUAACGCAUCAACCAUUACUGCUAAAUGUGAAAAUGGGGUGUUGACUGUGGUGGUGGAGAAGCUGCCACCGCCACCCAAGGCCAAAAUAGUUGAGGUUAAAGUCUCUUAAUAGAUGUGUAGAUUUUAUUAGAGACAAAUCCACUUUGUUAUGAAAGGUUCGUUUGUAUUAGCUUUAAUUUGAAGUAAGGUGCUUUUUAUUUUAUAUGUACUUUAGAGGUCACACUGCUCAUGUUUUGAGUAAUUUUUAAUUUUUGCAACUUUAAUUUGGGUCUGAUGUAUGCUUAGAAGUUCUACUCUUCUGUAUGAAACAUUUUAAAGAAACUUACAGCCUGUUUUGGGAAUUA